AAAAAAAAAAAAAAAACUACAGCCUUCUUCCCUUCCCUUAAUCCCUUCUCCUUUCCUCCAAAACCUUCUUCUUCUUCCCAUCUCUAUUUUCAGUGGAGUAGAAAUGUGGGACUUGAACGACUCCCCCGUUCAGAGAAGAGCCGCGGCGGUGCCGGAAGAGGCAUCGGAAGAAGGGUGCUCCAGUAAUUCCCAAACCGACAAGGGGAAAAGGGUCGGAUCCGUGUCGAAUUCCAGCUCCUCCGCCGCCCAGCCCACGGAAGACGGAUCGGAAGAAGAACCCAUGGUGGGCGGAGGGAGAAUGAUGUCGUCGUCGCGGAGCAUGAGCAGCAGGAUAUUCGGGUUCUCCAUGGCGGCGGCGGAGGAGGAAGGAUUAGUUGGGGAAGAAGAGGAAGAGGAUUUGGAGAUGAUGAUGAGCAGCAUCGAGGGCCUCCCUGGGCCAGUGACCCGGCAGUUUUUCCCGAUGGAGGGUACGGAAAUUGUGGGCCCAUCUUCUACCCUGGUCGGCGCCGCCGCGGGAGGGUUUCCCCGGGCUCCCUGGGUAGGAGUGAAGUUCUGCCAAUCGGAAUCGGCGGUGGCGGUGGCGCAGCCGAUGAAGAAGAGCCGGCGGGGCCCGCGGUCGAGGAGCUCGCAGUACCGAGGAGUCACCUACUACCGGAGAACCGGCCGCUGGGAAUCCCACAUUUGGGAUUGCGGGAAGCAAGUCUACCUGGGGGGAUUUGACACAGCACAUGCAGCUGCUCGCGCAUAUGAUAGAGCGGCGAUCAAGUUCAGAGGUGUGGAGGCUGAUAUUAACUUCACCAUUCAAGAUUAUCAAGACGACCUCAAACAGAUGAGCAACUUGACGAAGGAGGAGUUUGUGCAUGUACUAAGGCGACAGAGCACCGGUUUCCCAAGGGGCAGUUCCAAAUAUAGAGGCGUCACUUUGCACAAGUGUGGCCGCUGGGAAGCCCGGAUGGGCCAAUUCCUCGGCAAAAAGUAUGUUUACUUGGGUUUGUUUGAUACUGAAAUUGAAGCUGCCAGGGCUUAUGAUAAAGCAGCAAUUAAGUGCAAUGGCAAAGAUGCGGUGACAAACUUUGAUCCAAGCAUUUAUGAUGAUGAUGAUGAACUCAACACAACUUCCUCCACCACCACCACCACCAAUAAUAACAACAGCAACAGCAACUCUCCUUCUGGUGCGCUUUUCCCCUUCAAUCACAUUUCCAGUACUCAAAUUGAUCGCGUAAUUAAGCUACAUUGUAGUGAUUUUAUCUCUACUAAUUCACAAAAACCCGCAGCUGGCAGUAUGAGCGCUGCUACCGAUCACAAUCUCGAUCUGAGUCUGGGUAGUAAUUCCUCUCAAGAAUCCAACAAUCUCGAUCACCAGACGAGGCCUCGCCAUGGUUCUGCUUCUUCUGCCGGAAUGGAUGCCAAUGCCGCGUUCGAUCCCAGCUGGCGGAAUCGCGGAUUAAGGCCUCAUCAGAACAAUGAGGAGCAGCAGAGAAGCAGCGAGAUGGAAGCAAUGCAGCUGCUUAGUCAAACCCACAUCCGCGCUCCUGGAUCUCUUCAUCGUUACCCUAACCACCUCCUCCCGCCUUCCCAUCAUUUCCAGUUUGCAAACAGCAGUAACACAGGAGCAGGAGGCGGAUGCAGAAUUGGGAGUGACCUCUCGUUAUCUCCAAGCGAUAAUAAUCAUCAUAAUUAUAACUACGAUCAGCAAUGGCAAUUAUCAGGAGGAGGAGCUACAAGAGCGCCGCCUCCCCAACCACCAGCUCCGCCGCCACAUCAGCAGCAGAUGUAUGGAAGUGCCCCCGCCGCCGCAGCAUCAUCAGGAUUCCCCAAGCCGCCGUCUCCAUCCCCCAACUGGCUGCACAAAAAUGGGUUCCAUUACUCCCUCUUGAGACCCUCGUAGUUAAUUAACUCCGCCAUUUUUAUGCGAUUUACUUAAUUGUCAAUUUUAUUAGAAGUAUUAAACUAUGAUUAAUAACUCGAGCAUCUACUGCCACUGCCUGAAGCUUGUAAUUAGUUAAUUUAAUUAAAUAGGGUGAGGGAGUGAAGGUUUUGGUACUAUCAGCCAUCAGGCCAAAGCUAGCUAACGAAGGCAGAACUCAGAAGGGUCGAGGGAAAAAAAAAAGAAAAAGAAAAGAGGCCUCUUUACCUUUUUUGUGAGUAGUUUUUUUGUUGUUGUUAUGGUAAAAAGGUAAAUCCCAAUUCAGGGUUUCUGACUCAAAAAACUGUUGGCU